GGGCGAUCCUGUGAGGCAGGAGCCGCCCUCCUACUGCUGCACUUGUCAAAGGGCACUGAUCGCAAAUUACAUCCCCGUCGUCCCAGCAGACGCACACACGCAAAUGACACCGGGACACCCUGUCUCCUAGAGUAUAGCUAAUAUACAGACAGGACUAAUUUUAAACUCACUUUUUUUUCUAAUUAGAUGCCACUAUGUUGCCUUUCAAGAGAACUUUUGAAAGCGAGAAACACCAGCUGCAGGAGCUCAACGGCAGACUUGUCCAGUAUCUUUCCAGAACCAAGCAGCUGGAGAAGGAAAAUGCGCAUCUCAUUACUGAAAUAAAUACACUCAGACAAGCGACGACGGCGGAAUGGGAGCCGAAGUACAAGGGUGAGAUGCGGGAUCUGAGGAGAAUGGUGGAGCAGCUGUCGUUUGAAAAGUCCCAGGCGGAGAUGGAGAGGGAGAAGCUAUGGCGGGAGUUGCAGAUGGUCCAGUCUCUGUGCAGCGAGCAGACGGGAGUGUGCAGGGACAUCAGUGGCGAGCUAAAGAGCUACGAGAAGGAGCUUCACACCGCUCACAAGACCAACGGUGAACUCCAGCAGCGUUUACUUCAACUAGAGAACGAGUGUAAACGCUUAGAUGAUGCGCACAGACGAGAAAAGGAGCAUCUCCGGCGCCAGGUGGAUUCCCGGAUGGUACCCAUCAUCACGCAAACUUAUCGCGGGCCUCCGGCGGCCAGCAUGGAAGAGGUGCAAGAGUAUGCCCGUGGUCUGUCCGAAGGAUGGCUUGAGACCUUUGAAAUGUACCAACUGAAGGUGGAAGAGAUGGAGCAGUCGAUUAAAGCGGACCAGGCGAGGUUGAGUGAUCUGCAGAGGGAGAAGAUGAUGUAUGCCUCAGAGUUGGACAAAUUACGAGCAGACGCGGAAAAACAAGGUCAGAUUCAAUUUCGCCUUGAAGAACAACUGAUGCACAUGCAGGAGACAUAUCGGGUGGACUUCAGCCAAUAUCAGAUGAUUAUCCAGAAGCUGGAGCACGAUAGGAAUAUGAUGGCUGAUGCUAUUGCAGAGAAGAUGCGAGAGCAUCAGCACCUUCUCCAGGUUAAGAUGAAUCUGGGCAACGAGGUGGCUGCAUACAGGGCUCUCCUGGAAGGUGAGAGAGCGGAUCUGCAAGAUGGUCAUAGGAGGGGAACUCAACAUCAAAGAGAAAGAAUAAUAGAUAUAAGGUUGCCUGCCCAGCCCUACACUCCAAGAGCUUCCACCCUAACCACCAGAAAACAUAUGGAUAUCAGGUACACACCGCUGACUUCAAACCUGAGAAGAUCCCCUGUGCCUCCUUUUGGGUCCAUAAGUCCCUCUAGGAUCAUCCCUAUUUCAGUUGCAGGCAGAGCUCGGCAUCAGAGUCCUGCAUCCAGAAGGGACAUGAUCUCAUUCUCCAAAGCUCAGGCUGCCGCCUCUGCCCCUGCUACCACCACCUCCACCACCACCACCACCACCGCCACUGCCAAAGCUAAACAAACAGGCCAGAGUGAAUACCAAAUAAGACAACAUGUACAGAAAACAGCAGCAGAUGAGAAAAUUGUUAAAAUCCAACCAGUCUCUGAGGUAGAAAACCAAGUCAGUCCCAUUGAGUCCUCCACUACUGGGACUAGACCAGUGAGAGUGGUGUCACCAAUAAUGAUGAGCCUCAACAGGAAAACUGAGACUGAAAGCAAAAAGCAAGCAUCAGAGGAAAAAGAGAAUGAUAAUGUUUCUGGAAAGGAGUUCAAAGAAAAAGAGAAAACAGAGCAUGCGUUGGUCCCAUGUGAGCAAAAGAUGUUAGAUGUGUCUGUAGAGGAUAUCAUCGAGAAAGCGAUGAGACCAGCAGGUUUGGGAGCUAAGGUUUGCUCCUCGGGAGAAUCGCAGGUAAAGUAUCAUGUGGAGAAAACUGAGCAGGAGGAUGGAACAACUAAGACGCAGAUUGUGUUGGAGUCCAAAGUGGAGGAGGAGAUGGAUUUUUCAGAAGACUCUGCACUGGAUGAACUACUGAGUCAAGGGGUUAAGAAGGUGUCACUGCAAGACAUCGAGGACACAGCAACAGGAAGCAUGAUCAAGACCCUGCUAAGUGGCCUGCAGGGAAGCGAGAACUUUAAAAAUAAGUCCGUCAAUGUGGAAAUCACUGAGGAACCGGUGGAGUCUUACAGUGAUGAGGAACUUGAGGUUGAGCAGAAGUCCAGAUCUAGUUUUUAUGAUCCCUCCUCAACUUAUUUCCAAAUUGAGGAGCUGAAGAAUUUGAGUGACGGUGAUGCCAUGAAAACCUCCAUGACAGAUACAGAUGAUUGCAAGGGUGGAUCUGUACAAGUUCAAGAAGUUUCAAGAGAGAGUGAAUUGUCAUAUUUCUCCCAUGACCAAGAGCCUGACGAGUAUUUUGUCUCCACUCCAGAUGAUAAUCUUUCUGAACCCGAGGAGGGUGGUGGAAUCACCUCAUAUGGCCAUUAUGGUAUCGUAGAUGACCUGUCAGAUGAGAGAUAUUAUCAAGAUGAAGGUCUUCUCUCGAAAAGAGUGAUUGUAGAGGAAAGCGACGAAUACAAGUUUAGGUCAGGAGAUCACUCGUUUGUGAAGGAGAGUUUCCCAGAGUGCAUCAUCGAAGAAGAGGUUUGCGUCUCCCCCAUAGUGCAGGAGUCAAUGCUCGAGUUCCUGAGAGAGGACUCUUUGGAGCCCAAAGAGCAGCUGAAGGGAGCUCUAGAGAAGCUACAAAGCUCAGUGUCGGGUCCACUGAGGGAGGAGUUGGCUUUCCUCACAAAGUUGGGUAGUGAAGAUUCACAGAAUAUGGCCGUCAAUGUAAAAAGAAUGCAACACACAAGUGACAACGGCACCAUGACUAUAGUUGCAGAGAUGAACGUCUCUCAAAGUCUGGAAGACUCUGGGCUGCUGGAAGCAGAGGAUGAACUAUCAGAAGAGCAGAUCAUGGCAUCGCUCAGAUCAUCUAACCUAGGGCUGGAGAAAGUCUUCCAAGGUGGGUCAGGGGGGGGAUACAGCUUCAGAGUCACCAAAGAAGAGGAUACUGCGUACGGUGACAAGUUUGAAGGCCUCCCUGACGAAGGUGUGUUUGAAAUCACAGAGAAACCCGUAAAACUGGGGCCAUCAGAAAAGUCUGUCACCUUCCAGAUGGACGUACAGGGCAGCCAUGCUGAGGCCUCAGAGCAAGAGCUUCAAUCUCACAUCUUGGAAGCCCCGGUGAAGAUUCCUCAAAAGAAAAAAGUUGCAACCGUUUACCUUGAAAGCCCGACAGAUUAAGAAAGAUUUCGAUCAGAAAUAUUUCAAACUGAGUGCUUGCUAACUUGUUGAAGAGCACAUAACAGAGGUUGUUCUGACGCAGCAGUCCACACACACGGCAUUAACACGGUUUGACACUUUAAUAACGCUAAAAGCUUUGCAGUAAAACAUCAUAUAUGCAAUUAACUUUGGUGCCCUCUUUCACUGUACCUACUUAAGAGUGUGUCACCUAAAAUGGGGUGUAACUUACAUGAUUCAAGCACAAUUUAGUUAUUUAGUUUGAUUUACUAGAUUAAACACGUUUUAAUGUUUUAAUUGUGGCAGUUCUACUAUUAGAAACACUGAUGGCCUAACUUAAUAUGGGCUAGUUUAAGUAACAUCUAGAUAGUGUAGCAAAUUUCCAUGCUGGUAAAAAAAAACUGAUAGAGUGCUACACUGCAUGUGUUAAGCUUUUUACAAAUUGCAGUUAAUCUUUAAAGAGGUUUGUUUCUUCUCUCUAGAGUUCUCUAUUUUUGUACUAACCUACAUGUGGUGUUCACCUUAAACAGCCCAUUCUGCAGUUUACAAAAACCCAUCACAUCAUGUGUCUGCCAUGUUGUUGAAUAUAUUGAAAGCCAACA